GUGUGUUCAGAAUUCGCACAAAAGACAUGUCUAUAAAAAGUUGAAUUUUCACUUGUUUUAGCACAGACCAUUCUUGACUUCUCUCAACACUAGAAAUAAAUAUGAAAUACUUAAUUUGCUUGGCAUUCUUGGCCUCCAUGGCUGUUACCAGUGUUUUGGCUAUUGCUGGUCAAUCUGCUUGCCGUGAUCCCUCUGAGGUUGGUCAUACCUAUCCUCAUCAUUGGGAUCCCACUAAAUAUUGGUAUUGUGAAAAAUUCAAUGAAGAUGCUUUGGAGGUGGACUGUCCUAAGGGUGAGGCCUAUAUGCAUUUGUUGAAGGCUUGUAUCCCUUGGCCAAAUUGGGUGUGGAAGAAACCAGAAAAUCCCCCUACUCUUGCUUGAUUUGUUUUGAUAGAUGAUGAUUAAUUUAAAUAAAAACUGAUUACACAAUUUUAAGAA